AUGACGACCGUAUUUCGGCCGGUGAACCGCGGCGUGAACGACACAUACGAGCUGGCGGUGAUCGCCUACGGCGGCGGCGAGUCGCGGGUCCAGCAGAUCAGCGUGCUCGUCUCGCAGAGGAACCUGCAUCCGCCCAGGUUUACACAACGGGUCUACAGUGCGCGCCACCGAUACGACACAGUGGCCUACAACAGGCAGGCCCUGUACAGUAUGAAGGCCCCUGAGAAUGCGAGCCGGUACCUGACGCUGGACCAGGGCAGCGGCCAGAUCUCGCUGCGUCGCACGCCGUCGCCCGGCCUGCGCUCGCUCAACGUGACCGUGUCGGCCCGCGACCUCGGCUCGCCCUCCUACCACGACUCGGCACACGUCCAGGUCACGUUCAGGACGAUAUCAGAGCCGCUGGCCGUGCGGGCCGUGCAGAGCACCAACAGCAGCGUGUACGUCUGCUGGCGGCGACCCCGCAACGGACCCGUGUCCGGUUACAUGCUGCAGCUGCGCUCGGCCGACGCCGCCGGCGCCGCCAACGCCACCCGGCUGGUGCUGCGCGACCGCAGCCAGCUGAUGACGCGCUCCGUGACCCUGAUCCAGGAGGACGGCAAAAGCAACGAGAAACACGAGAUGUUACUGGAGGAGGACGAAGAGUGUACGCUGCUGGACGGCUUACAGCCAUGGACCAAAUACAACAUGGUGGUGUACGGUUGGCGGGAGCACGAGACUGGGAUGGCCAGCCAGAUGGUGACCUUCGGAACACGCCUCAGCCCAUGCACGGGAAACGUGUGCGGCAACGGCACGUGCCGCCGCUCGGCCGGACGGCCCGGAUACACGUGCACGUGUCCAGAGGGUGCCUACGGCCAGCGGUGUCAACACGUGGACCCGUGCCAUACGAAACCGUGCCAAAACUUCGGCGCGUGCCGCAACCUCAGCUCGGAGGCGUUCGAGUGCCGCUGCAUGGCCGGCUUCUACGGCACCACCUGCGCCGACUUCAACCCGUGCUUCGGCAACCCCACGCCGUGCCUGAACGGCGGCACCUGUCACAGUAACGUCUCCAACACAUACGUGUGCACGUGUCCCCCACUGUACCGUGGGGACACGUGCGCCACGUUCGACCCGUGCGCAUCAGCCAAGUGCAGGAACGGCGCCACGUGUUACGCCGAGGCGGAGAGCUACCGGUGCCAGUGUCGCCUAGGAUACGCAGGCCCGCACUGCGAGCUGGACCUGGACUUCUGCGCCUCCUCGCCCUGCAACAAUGGCGCCACCUGCGUAGAUGGCGCCACCGACUACACGUGCCUCUGCCCUGCUGGCUUCACUGGCAUCGACUGCCAUAUCAACAUAGACGACUGCGCUGGCGACCCCUGCCAGCAUGGAGGCGUGUGCCGGGACGGUCUCGCCAGCUUCCGGUGCAGCUGCCCGGAGGGGUACACGGGCCAUCUCUGCCAAACGCCGGUGAGCUGCCCACCAGAGCUGGAGGACGGCCGCUGGGGCCGGCUGUUGUGGGCUGAGACGCCGGCCGGCCGGCGCGCCACCGUGCUCUGUCCGGCCGGCGGGCGCGCGCCGGGACCUCACCUGGUGCGAGCCGUGGAGCAGCUGGCUGUCGUCCUGCCGGUGCUCGGCGACCAGGCGGGCCCCCGGCUGCGGCUCAGGACCCGGAACGUAGCGGUGGAGACGAUCGACUACAGCGGUGACGAGCUGCUCGCGCUGGCGGCGCACGGUUUGGACGUGAGGAUGCCGUACGCUGUGCUGAAGCAGGCCGCCCGGCACCAGCGUCGUCUGCGGCUGGUCGUCAUCGCCUACAGGACGUCGCUGCUGUUUCCCGCCCAGCGGCGGCGCGUCGGACCCGAUCCCGGCGUCAUCAGCGUCACCAUUCCCGGAUACGAUGCACACCAGCUGCCGGAGCCAGUCACGUUCGGCUUUUCUUCGAACGCUGCUGAAGGUUUUCAGCCACGCUGCGUCUACUGGAACGAAGAGGAGAUGGCGUGGUCGACGGCUGGGGUCCGGACAGAGCCGGCGGCCGAGCGCACCGUCUGCUCCACCAGCCACCUCAGCUCGUUCUCGGUCCUGUUUGACCCGGUGGCGACGCCGAUCGGCGGCCUGCACGAGCGCAUCCUCAGCGUGCUCAGCUACAUAGGCGCCACGCUCAGCCUGCUGGGUCUGGCGCUGACGAUCCUCACCUACAGUCUGUUCAGGUGCCUGAACCGGGACCGGCAGGGCAAGAUCCUGCUCAACCUGUGCGUGUCGCUGCUGCUGAUGAACGCCGCCUUCCUGGUCUCUAACCUGCACGCCGUGCUGCCGUCGGCUCAGUUCUGCAUCUCCACCGCCGUGCUGGUCCACUACCUGGUGCUGAGCUCGCUCUGCUGGAUGCUGGUGGAGGCGGUCAACAUGUACCAGCUCAUCAUCACUGUGUUCGCCACAUCCGAGUCCAACUUCAUGGUGAAACGGCUUCUGUUCGCCUGGGGCCUUCCCCUGGCGAUCGUGCUCUCCACCCUGGCCUCGGACCGGCGCGCCUACUAUCAGGCCAUCGACGAGCACUACUGCGUCAUCACGGCACGACAGCCGUACAUCUACUACAUCAGCUUCUUCGGUCCCGGCUGCGUGAUCCUGGUAAUCAACGUGGUGGUCUUCGCGCUAGUGGCCCGUGUUCUCUUCCAGCAGAGGACGCUGGGCAAAUUUGGUGCCGUUCGUAAAUCCAUCUCAAUCAGCCAGGUGCGGGGUGCAUUCACGGUGAUGACGCUGCUGGGCGUCACCUGGGUGCUGGGCGCCUUCGCCCUGGGCCGCACGCGCUUGGCCUUCUCCUACAUCUUCACCAUCCUGAACUCGACGCAGGGCUUCAUCAUCUUCGUAUCGCGCUGCCUGCAGUACCCCGAGGCGCGCCUAGCCUGGCUGACACUCAUCAAGACGGGCCGGCGAAAGCAGCGACGCGGCUCAGCGCCCUCUUCCAGUUCACAGGCCAACAAGAAGAGCUCGCUGCCCUCCAGCAGGACGGCCGCCCUCUCGGCCAGCUACUCGAUGAGCUCAUCGAGUGAAGGCGGCUGGCCGGGCCGACAGCGGAUGUCGGUGACAGCCGAGCUGACAGUGUCCAGCUGUCAGCACGCCAAGCAGCCGGUGCCGGGUCUCUGGCAGACGAACUGA